AUGUUUAAUCUUCAUUGGUCUGUUCUUCUUCUUAUUGCUGCUUUAGCUUGCUCGUCCUUUUGUACAGGAGAGAAUGUUACCUAUGACUCAAAUGCUAUAAUUAUCAAUGGCGAACGACGCAUUAUCUUAUCAGGUUCAAUCCACUAUCCACGCAGCACUGAAAAUAUGUGGCCCGAUCUUAUUCAAAAGGCCAAAGAUGGGGGAUUGGAUGCAAUUGAGACAUACAUUUUUUGGGAUCGCCACGAGCCACAACAACGAAAAUAUGAUUUCUCUGGAAAUCUUGAUUUUAUCAAAUUCUUUCGACUUAUCCAAAAUGCAGGACUUUAUGUUGUCAUGAGAAUUGGUCCUUACGUUUGCGCCGAGUGGAACUACGGAGGCUUUCCACUAUGGUUGCACAAUAUGCCAGGAGUUCAACUACGAACCGACAACCAAGUGUAUAAGAAUGAAAUGCAAACCUUUACGACAAAAAUAGUUAAUAUGUGUAAACAAGCCAACCUCUUUGCCUCACAAGGAGGGCCAAUAAUCUUAGCUCAAAUCGAGAACGAGUAUGGAAAUGUGAUGACGCCUUACGGAAAUGCAGGAAAAACGUAUAUCAAUUGGUGCGCUCAAAUGGCUGAAUCCCUUAAUGUUGGUGUUCCGUGGAUCAUGUGCCAACAGAAAGAUGCCCCACAACCGAUCAUUGAUACAUGCAAUGGAUACUAUUGCGAUAACUUUACUCCUAACAAUCCUAAUAGCCCAAAAAUGUUUACUGAAAAUUGGGUAGGAUGGUUCAAGAAAUGGGGCGAUAAAGACCCUCACAGAACCGCAGAAGAUGUGGCAUUUUCUGUGGCUAGAUUUUUUCAAUCUGGUGGCGUAUUUAACAAUUAUUACAUGUACCACGGAGGCACCAACUUUGGAAGAACAUCGGGCGGUCCAUUCAUCACUACGUCUUAUGAUUACGACGCACCACUUGAUGAAUAUGGAAGCUUGAAUCAACCUAAGUGGGGGCAUCUCAAACAACUCCAUGCAUCAAUAAAAUUGGGAGAGAAGAUUCUCACAAAUGGCACCCGCUCAAACCAAGACUAUGGUGGCUCCGUCACUUUAACGAAAUUCUCUAACCCAUCAACAGGAGAGAGGUUUUGCUUCUUAAGUAACACAAAUGGUAGCAAUGAUGCAACCAUAGAUUUGCAGACAGAUGGGAAAUACUUUGUGCCAGCUUGGUCGGUAACCAUUCUUGAUGGCUGCAACAAGGAGGUUUACAAUACUGCGAAGGUCAAUUCUCAAACAUCUAAGUUUGUGAAGGAACAAAAUGAAAAGAACAAUGCAAAACUCUUAUGGACGUGGACUCCGGAGCCCAUGAAAGACACACUACAAGGAAAGGGUAAGUUUAAGGCGAAUCGUCUUUUAGAACAAAAAGGAACUACUGUUGAUGCUAGUGACUACUUGUGGUACAUGACUCACAUUGAAACCAAUGCAACAUUUUCUCUUCGAAAUGUAUCUCUUCAAGUAAGUACGAAAGGUCACGUGCUUCAUGCUUUUGUUAAUAAGAGGUAUAUCGGGUCACAGUGGAAGAGCGAUGGGCAAAGUUUUGUGUUUGAGAAACCUAUUCUACUAAAACCGAGAAAGAACAUAAUAACCCUUUUGAGUGCCACAGUUGGGUUGAAUAAUUAUGGUGCAUUUUAUGACACGGUUCCGACGGGAAUUGAUGGAGGUCCUAUUUAUUUAAUUGGAGGUGGAAAUGUCACAGUUGAUUUAUCAUCAAAUUUAUGGUCUUAUAAGGUUGGAUUAAAUGGAGAAAUGAAGAAACUAUACGACCCGACAUUCUCACAGAAGAAAAAAUGGAGGGCAUUAAAUAAAAAGUCUAUUGGAAGGCGAAUGACAUGGUACAAAACUAACUUUAAGACUCCUUCAGGAACUAACCCAGUAGCAUUGGACAUGCAAGGAAUGGGAAAAGGCCAAGCUUGGGUAAAUGGGGUAAGCAUAGGUCGAUUUUGGCCUUCUUUUAUUUCUGGCAAUGAUAGCUGCAGUGCAAACUGUGACUAUAGAGGUGGAUAUAAUCCUAAAAAAUGUGCUGAUAAUUGUGGGAAUCCUUCUCAAAGAUGGUAUCACGUUCCAAGAUCGUUUCUUUCAAAUGACACGAACACAUUGAUUUUAUUUGAAGAAAUCGGAGGAAAUCCUCAACAAGUGUCAAUUCAAACUAUUGCUCUAGGAACUAUUUGUGGAAAUGCUUACGAAGGAAGCACCUUGGAGUUGUCAUGUCAAGAGGGACGUAUCAUCUCUGAAAUUCAAUUUGCUAGCUACGGGAAUCCAGAUGGAAAAUGCGGUUCCUUUAAGAAAGGCUCAUGGGAUGUGACAAAUAGCACAGUUUUGGUGGAAAAGACUUGCGUUGGUGUGGAAAAUUGUACAAUUGAUGUAUCCGCAAGGUUUUUUGGAGUAGAAAAUGCUACUAACUUAUCCGCAAGACUAGCAGUCCAAGCACUUUGCUCAAAUAAUUGA